UUUUUAUUAUACAAGAGGUAUCCAUCUUUUAUAGAUGUAGUUGAUACUUGAUGUGAAUACUGUGUUCUCAUCUUUUUCAGAAGUGUCUUUAUAAAUUUUUUACCUUUUUUAGUGAUUUAAAUAUUGAGUUAAAAAUGUUUAAAUUAAUUUGGCAGUGUUUGUACUCCCCUCGUCUAUAUAAAAUUUAUGGAGACGGCGAAAAAGAUGCUUUGUAUCAACCAAAACAUUUGGAAAAAUAUGGUGAUAAAAUUAUUACAAUUGCACAGAAUAUAUUCACGAUUGUCAGCUAUGCUUCUCCAUUUGUGUGCACAUAUAUUUAUAGAAGAGGUUUCUUUUCAUGGAAUGAAACAACUUUUAUAACUAAAUUGAUGUGUGGUGUUGGUUGUGUCAUUAUAAUUUCCUUUCUCGUAAGAGCAGUGGGUCGAGCAUUUAACUCUAAAUACACUGAAUUUCUGUUUGUGAUUCAACAACCAAAAGCAAACACUAAAGAAUUUAUGAACCAAAUCAGGAAAUAUGAUUUUGAAUUUACAUCUUGGCCAGUGACUUUUGCUAUGCCUGCAACAACAAGGAAAUCCUGGUUUGAAAAUAUUCCAUUUAAUAAAAGUUCCAAUGAAGACUUGCCAAUUUAUCAGAGAAUCCCCUUACAAAUACUGGCAUUCAUUGCUAUACACACCUUUGCUAUGCGCAUAAUUUAUCCUGGAACCUUAACUCUCAUACAAAAUAUAUUGUGGAACCCUUUAAUGGAAGGCCGUACACAAUUGGUGGAAACGUUCCAUGGUAAAAGGGCAAAAUUACUAACAUCAGAUGCCAAUUCUAUAGAUACUAUAUUUGUUGACAAUCGAGCACAUUCAAAUGGCAAAAUAUUGGUAAUUUGUUGCGAAGGAAAUUCCGGAUUUUAUGAAAUCGGGAUGGUAACAACCCCAAUAAAGGCAGGUUAUUCAGCUCUUGGGUGGAACCACCCUGGUUUCGCAGGAAGUACUGGAAUACCAUUUCCGAAACAAGAACAAAAUUCUAUAAUCGCCGUAAUUCAGUAUGCCAUUGAAGAACUCAACUUUCCACUCGAAAAUAUUGUAUUGUAUGGGUGGAGCAUUGGUGGCUAUACUGCAGCUUGGGCUGCAGCUAACUACCCUGACAUCAGCGCUUUGAUUUUGGAUGCUACCUUUGAUGACUUGCUGCCCCUAGCUCAAAACCAAAUGCCUAGAUCAUGGUCUUUGUUAGUAAAGGAAGUUAUACGUAGUUAUGUUGACUUGAAUGUAGGUGAAUUACUAGCACUAUACAAAGGCCCGGUGCAACUAAUUCGGCGCACUGAAGACGAAGUGAUCUGCUUAAGACAAGGCCAACUGCAGACAAACUGUGGAAAUUCUCUACUACUUACUCUUCUUAAGUCCCGACACCCAAGGUUUAAUGAAAGUGAUGAAUUACAAGAAGCUGUACGAUCUUAUGUUGGAAUGAGUGAAAUGCAACGUGGCAAUAUAAACAAAGAUACGUUGACAGAAGUAAAUCGACAAGCCCUACAAUUGAUUAUUAAAUAUAUGAGAGAUUUCCAAUCUAAUCAUUGUGCACCUCUACCAGAGAACACAUUCGCUGAUAUUAUGAAAUAUUUUUAUUUAAAGAACUAGCUCAUAAUACACAUCUCUGAAAGUCACAGCAUUUCUGUUACUUUCCACAAUUUCGGGAAACUGCGCAAGGGCAUGCGCGGUAACCCUGCUGAGGACAUGAACUGAUGUAGUGAUCUGUGACACUUUGAUCAGUGUGAAUUGACAAAUAAUUUAUGCUAUUGUUAUGACAUUUGGUAAACCAAUUAAUGUAUGUAUGAAUUUUUAGCUUAAGUCUGUUAACUGAUGACUAUUAUGUGCUUGCAAUCUAUAAUUAUUAAUACAAUGUAACUCGGUAUUAGUUUUAUUUUGUAUGCAUAAUAAAUGCAUAUAAUUACUGUGCAAUUUGUGCAAUUGCAAAGGAUACAAAGAAUCUUAAUUAUUUUAUUAUUACUGAUGUAUUGUUUAUACAUGUCAUUGAAGGCUUUAGUUUUAAAAACAAAACUUUACCUGUUAAAAAUUAAAAUUGUUGCUCAAAGUAUGUUGUAACUGGUAUACAUUUAAAUUUGUUGUUUAGAAAUAUAAGCAUGUUACAAAUGAAAAACUUAUAAUAAAGUAUUUAAUUAUUGUUAUAUUAUAUUAACUUAAUAGGUGUAUUUGGUAUUUAAUAUAAACAAAGGAAACACUACUUACCAGUAUUUUCCUACGUCUUUUCACUAUCUAAUAUUUUCUUAUUCAUCCACCUAUGUAAUAUAAGUAUAGUGUAAUGAGAUGAGAAAUGUAUUAUUGUGGAAAUUUAAAUUAUACAGAUUCUUAUUAUAUUAGUAAUAUUCAUUCAAAUUGUAUAUAUAGAUAUUACAUUUAGGCGUUUUAGUGAUGGAACAAUUUUGUUACUAAUACCUUCCAAAAUAUGUUUUCUCCACUUUGCCCAAUUAAUUAUUAGCAAAAUUUAUAGGAAUCUGAAAAAGUUUAAUAGGUAACUUGCCUAACCUACACUGUUGUGGAUUGAUAUUAACGAAGUAGAACUUUUACUUAUGACGAUAGUCUCAAUAAAUCGUUCAAUAGUUCUUCUUAACCGCUCUACGCCCUUAACUUGCGAACUGGUUGUAAAUGUAAAUUUACAAUUAAUUAAAUUUUUUUUGACGUUUAUAAGUGUAUAUGUUUACCUAUAUGAAUCAAGAUGUUUUGAAGUUUGAGUUUGAAAUAAAAAUUAUUUCAUAAUUUUUUAACAUUCUCAAUAAGAUGUACUUAUUAAUCAAUGUUAACAUUUAAAUACUGUUGAUCACUGAAACUGGGUUUGCUAUGUGUUCCCCAUUUGUUUCAUUACAAUAUAUAGCGUAAACAGCUGAAAUAGUCGCCUCAGGAAUCUAGUAGAAAAUGGCUUAUUUAUUCAAAAUACAAUGUGUAUAAUCGUGUAACAUAAAUAACAUGAAAUGAUGUAUAUUAUAAAUGUUUAGAGGUUAAUAUUGACAACAUUAAAGUAUGUACCUAGUUAUUGUCAUAAUGCAUAUGAAAAUAAAGUAUUAUAAACGCA